UCCACAAGUGACAUCACUGCGCACUUAGCACAAGGUGGAGAACAAAACAACAGAUCCUCUUCAAAAGGAGGGAGAGAAUUAAAGGGACGCCAAAUGUAACCGGUCGUAUUUUUUAACGCGCGGAGGGGGUGAAAGGAAUUAUUUUUAAGGAUGCAGAAAUCACCUUUUGAAGACGCCAACUGGCUGUCCAAAUAUUUAUUCUGGUGGACGUACCCGAUUAUGCGGAAGGGUUUCACGGAGAGGUUAGAACCUUCAGAUGUGUAUCAAGUUCCAUCUUUUGACCGAGCAGACCAUCUAGCAGAUCAAUUAGAGAGAGAGUGGGACCGCGAGGUGGCGUCGGGGAAGAAGCGUCCCAGGCUGCUGUUCGCCUUGGCCCGCAUUCGUAGCUUCUUCUGGACUUUCAUGAUCUGCGGAGCCCUCCUUUAUUUCGGGGAAGCCUCGAAAACUGUCCAACCGCAGCUCCUUGGGCGCAUCAUCGCCCAGUUCGACCCUUUCCACGCGGCUGAGCGUGCCCAGGGCUACUUCCUGGCGCUGGGCCUCAGCCUGCUCUUCACGGCGCGCUUCCUGCUGCUGCAGCCUGCUGUGUUCGGACUGCACCACCUGGGCAUGCAGAUACGCAUCGCCCUCUUCACCCUCAUAUACAAGAAGACCCUGAAGCUGUCCAGCAGAGUCCUGGACAAGAUCAGCACCGGAGAACUGGUCAGCCUGAUGUCCGCCCACCUCAGCAAGUUUGACCAGAGCAUGGGCAUGGCGCACUUCGUGUGGAUCUCUCCGCUGCAGUGCAUCCUGAGCGUGGGCCUGGUGUGGGAGCUGAUCGACGUCAACGGCUUCUGUGCCCUGGCUGCCAUCUCCCUGCUGGGCAUCAUCCAGGCCGGCCUCUCGCACAAGAUGGGGCCCUACAGAACGCAGCGGGCUAAGCUGACGAGUAAGAGGCUUGCCCUUACCUCAGACAUCAUGGAGAACAUCCACUCAGUCAAGUCCUACGGGUGGGAAGAGAUUAUGGAGACCAUUAUCAAUAACAUGAGAAAGAAGGAGGUGAAGCUGACGCAGAAGAUCGGCUCGCUGCGCUACUUCUACAGCUCCGCCUACUUCUUCUCCGCCAUCUGGAUCAUCGUGGCGGCCAUCGUGCCGCACGCGCUCAGUAGGGGGAUCAUCCUGCGCCGCAUCUUCACCACGCUGUCCUACUGCAUCGCCCUGCGCAUGACCGUCACACGCCAGCUGCCCGCCUCUAUACAGAUGUGGUACGACACCAUCGGCCUGCUCACCAAGAUCGAGGAUUUUCUGAGUAAGGAGGAGUACAAGGUGCUGGAGUAUGACCCGACGAUGACUGGCCUGAAGCUCGACAAUGUGACCGCGUCGUGGGAUGAGGGCAUUGGGGAGCUGUUUGACAAGAUUCGUCGUGAGAACAAGGAGAAGGAGAAUGGCCACAUGAAUGGUGACGCGGGUCUGUUCUUCACCAACCUGUAUGUGACGCCGGUGCUCAGGAAGAUCUCCCUGCACCUGGAGAAGGGAGAGAUGCUGGCCCUGGCCGGCUCCACGGGCUCUGGGAAGAGCUCUCUGCUGAUGACGGUGCUGGGGGAGCUGGUUCCGUCUGAGGGCACCAUCCGCCACAGCGGCCGCAUCUCCUACUCUCCUCAGACGGCCUGGAUCAUGCCCGGCACCAUCCGCGACAACAUCCUGUUCGGACACAACUACGACGAGUUCCGCUACAACCGCGUCCUCAAGGCCUGCCAGCUGGAGCAGGACUUAGCGGCGCUGCAGGAGGGGGACAGGACUCCCCUGUCGGAGGGAGGUCUCAACCUGAGUGGAGGGCAGAAGGCCAGAGUGGCUCUCGCCAGAGCAGUGUAUAAGGACGCUGAUGUGUAUCUGCUGGACGCUCCCUUCACCCACCUGGACAUCGCCACAGAGAAGGAAAUCUUUGAAAGGUGCGUGUGUAAGCUGAUGUCCUCCAAGACGCGUGUGCUGGUGACCAGCAAGCUGGAGCACCUGAAGCGCGCCGACAAGAUCCUGCUGCUCCAUAACGGCGACGUCUUCUUCUACGGCUCCUUCCACGAGCUGCAGGCACAGCGUCCCGACUUUAGCUCCCUGCUGCUUGGCAUGGACCACUAUGACGACGUCAAGGCCGAGAGACGCACUUCCAUCCUCUCCGACACGCUGCGACGCGUCUCCGUGGACGAGACGGCGGGCUAUCGGUCCGAGAGGCCGUCUUUUCGCCCGCCCCCUCCCCCGCCGUCCUACAUGGAGCAGCAGAGAGAGGAGCGCAGGUCGUCGGUGCUCCUCAACCCCCUGGCCGCGGCGGCCCGUAAGCUCUCCUUCAUCCCCUCCUCCAGCUCGGCGGCGGGGGACGAGGAGUUCAUGGUGCGCAGGCCGCCGCCUGACAGGAAGCUAUCACUCAUGCCCGAGGACGAGCUGGUGGACGAGUCGUUCUCCGGCGGCGACGUGUACCACAACCACAGCGUGCACAUGGCCGGCCAGCGGCGACAGUCCAUGCUGGACUUCAUGACCAACGCCGGCGGCGGGAACCGGCGAGACCCGUUCCGCUCCUCCUUCCGCAGGAAGAUGUCUGUGCUGCCGCAGAGCCCGGAGCUGGCCGCAGAGGUGGACAUCUACGCACGGCGCCUCUCCGACGACUUCAAUGACGGCAACGACUUUGACUUCAGCGGAGACAUGGACGGAGAGCAUAUUGAGGCAUGUUUUGCUGACCAGCAAAUCGAAGAUGUCUUUGAAACAACCAAAUGGAAUACGUACCUCCGCUAUGUGUCCACAAACAAGAACCUAAUUUAUGUCCUGAUAUUUAUUUUCGUAGUUUUUGCAGCUGAGGUCGCGCUGUCGGUUCUUGGCAUUUAUUUGAUCACAGAUAAGGUCUGGCGGGAGGAGCACCACUGGUUCAACUACAACGCCACGCACUACCCCAACAUGACACAGCCGCAGCAGUUCUUCCCCGUCAUCGUCACGCCCACCAGCAUCUACUACAUCAUCUACAUCUACGUGGCGACGUCGGAGAGCGUGCUGGCGCUCGGCUUCUUCCGGGGGCUGCCGCUGGUCCACACCAUGAUCACCAUCUCCAUGAAGCUCCAUGAGAAGAUGCUGGCAGCCGUGCUCAGGGCACCCAUGGCCGUGCUCAACACCAUGAAGACAGGUCGCAUCAUGAACCGCUUCACCAAAGACAUGGCCACCAUCGACGACAUGCUCCCUCUGCUGAUGUUUGAUCUCAUCCAGCUCUUCCUGAUCGUGGUGGGGUGCCUGCUGGUGGUGACCAUCCUGCGGCCGUACAUCUACCUCGCCGCCACCCCAUUGGCCAUCAUCUUCAUCCUCAUGAGGAAGUACUUCCUGCGCACAGGCCAGCAGCUCAAACAGCUGGAGACGGAAGCCCGUAGUCCCAUCUUCUCCCACCUCAUCAUCUCCAUGAAGGGCCUGUGGACCAUUCGGGCGUUUGGGCGUCAGGCCUACUUCGAGGGCCAGUUCCAGAAGGCCCUGAACACCCACACGGCCACCUGGUUCCUCUACCUGUCCACGCUGAGAUGGUUCCUCUUCAGGGCCGACGUCAUCUUCACACUCUUCUUCACGCUGGCCGCAUGGAUCGCCGUCGGAACCACCAAGGACCCCUAUGUUGGUGAUGUGGGCAUCAUCGUGGUGAUGGCUAUGCUGAUCAACAGCUCGUUCCAGUGGUGCGUAGUCACCAGCAUCGCAGUGGACGGCAUGAUGCGUUCCGUGGACCGAGUCUUCAAGUUCAUCGACCUGCCGUCGGAGGAGCCUAAACCAGACGGCCUGGGCUCCUUUAAAGACCCCGGCGGGGGCGGCGGCAAGAGCAAGAAGAACAAGAGCCCCGGCCUGGUCAUCGAGAACGUGGACGCCUUGGCCUACAACGCUUGGCCCCACCGCGGCCAACUGGACGCCCAGAAGCUCUCCGUCAAGUACACAGAGGGAGGCCAGACCAUCAUCAAAGACCUCUCCUUCUCCGUGGAGGGUGGACAGAGGAUGGGUCUCCUGGGCAGGACGGGGUCAGGGAAGAGCACCCUGUUCAACGGGCUGCUGCGAUUGGCCGACACAGACGGAGAGGUCCUCAUUGACGACGUUUCCUGGAACAACAUGCCCCUCAAGGUCUGGAGGAGAGCUUUCGGCGUCAUCCCGCAGAAAGUGUUUAUCUUCACUGGAAGUUUCCGUAUGAAUCUGGACCCGUACGGUCGUCAUAGUGACGAGGAGCUGUGGAAGGUCACGGAGGAGGUUGGCCUGAAGUCUGUGAUCGAGCAGUUCCCUGACAAGCUGGACUUCCAGUUGGAGUACGGCGGCCACGUGCUGAGCCACGGCCACAAGCAGCUGAUGUGCCUGGCACGCUCCAUACUCAGAAGGUCACGAAUCCUGCUGCUGGACGAGCCCAGCGCACACCUCGACCCCAUCACCAUAAAGGCCUUGAAGAGCACUCUGAGGGACUCCUUCUCCACAUGCACCAUCCUCAUGUCCGAACACAGGAUGGAGACACUGCUGGAGUGCCAGUCCUUCCUGCUGCUGGACCAGAACACGGGCAAGACAUUCGACUCGAUCCAGAAGCUUCUGAACGAGACGAGCCACCUGAAGCAGGCGAUGAGCCCGACCGAUCGCCUCAAGCUCUUCCCACGCCGCAACUCCAGCAUGAGGGUACCACAGACCAAGAUCAGCGCAGUGGCCUCCACCCUGGAGGAGGAGGCGGAGGACGAGAUACAGGAUACGAGGUUAUGAGGAGGUGGAGGAUAUGGAAUACCGCACAGCAAUCCAACAAGAGACACUGGGGGAGAUGGAGAAGCGAUGGAUGGAUGGAUGGAUGGAUGGAAAGGUUUCUGCAUAGAUCUACGAAUGGACAGAUGGAUCAAUGAAUGAAUGAAUGGAUGCGAUGUGUGUAUGCAUGUAUGGAUGAGUGGAUGGAUGGAUGGAUGAAUGGAUGGAUGAAUGAUUGGAUGGAUGUGAUGUGUAUGGAUGGAUGUAUGGACGUAUGGAUGGUGGAUGGAUGGAUGGAUGAGAUGGCCAGACGGUGGGACUAAAUGAGUUCCGCUCCUUUCCCCUGCCUCCUCCUUUCCUGCUGCCCUCCCCUGCCAGAGACUCAGUAGGGCUGGCUGGAUUAGCUAGCGAUGACAAAAGCACAGCUCAAUUCUUCAUCCAUAUCUCAGCGGAGUCUUAUAGGUACUGCUCUGAUUUCAAGUGUCUUACGAACAAUCUCUCUCUUUUUUAUUUGUGUGAGGGUUGUCUGCCUGUAGACAACAGGGAUGGGGCGCUUUUUUUCCAGACCAAGGACAUCAAGUCAUCUGCCUCAGCCUUUCUAUUGAGGUCUAUGCAAAAACAAACAAAAAACCACAAGGUACUUAACUAGUUUUUACAGAAACAACAAAACGUUUUUUUCCUCCUGCACCUUAUGUGUUUUUUAGCAUUAUAUAUUUUUCUGUAUAGUCUGCCCCUCCAAAACCAGACACUUUAUGGACGUUUUUAGAUAAUACUUUAUUUUAAGGUUCACAGGUUAGCCACGAAAAUUUCAGUUGAUACAUGUAAAACUAGCCUCGCGCGCCAUCCUACGUACUUCAGCCAAAAGAUUGGCUCCAUACAUAGUCUGGUUACUGUAAAUGAAAUGGUAGUAUUAUGGGAUGGUCAGGAGUCAGGACCAGGCUAAUGUAAAGCAUGUCUGUUUGUAUAAGUGACUUAUGACAUGUUAAGCCAGGGGUGUGAAACUCAUUUUCCCCAGGCCUUGUGAUUGACACCGAUGUGUCAAGCAAAAUCAAUCACUUUUCAGGCGUGAAUUCACAAAUUUCCUUUUCACUCCCAAUAAGGCCUUUAUUAUUUAAAUAAUCAAAAUAAGGACCUAGAAGGCCUUUAAAAUAUGUCUAUUAUGUCCCUUACACAGAGAGUAAGAAAUCACAUAUUAGGCGCUGGUUACACAUACACUUAUACAGAUAUUUUCAAAUGCGGAAUUUUAUUUUAUUUUACAUACUAUAAACACAACAUGUGGAUAAAAAUAAAAAUGACAGGGGCGUUAUAGCC